GACCAUUUCUGUCUCCUUUGCAAGCAUAUCUGAAAUUGUGAUUCCUAGGGUUUAAGUGUGAGAAUUAACAAUGAUUUAGAUGGAGAAAAGAAUUUAACUGUUUUUUAUCAAAUUGAGCAAAUUAAUGCUCCCAUGAAAUUUAAAUUUCCUACUUCUAUGGUCUCAGUCCCUACACCUGGGUGAAAUCAACAAGGUAGCCCCUGAGGGCAGGAUUGGCAACCUCACUUUGUUUGCUGAACCAUGGAGCUUUCAUCCUUGAGGAUACCACUGGAAUCAGAAGGAAGAGGACCCUGUGUCUACUGUAGCCUUGACUCCUAAGAGCCUGGCUGGCUCCUAGCUGGCAAUUAAAGAAGUAGACACCACAAGGACUACUGGUGCCGGGUUGUAAGGGCAAGAAUUCAAACCUCACUACUACUAAGCAGGGGACUUUGAAGGUCUGAGGAGUGUGACCCGAGACACUGGCUUUGUGAAGCUGUGGCAGUAUGAGAGGAAGAGUGAAAAAGGAGAGCCCACUGGAUUUUAAUUUUCUGUUACCAGAUGGAUAUUAACUGAAAGGAUUUCAGAAGCACUAUAAUAGUUGGGAUGUUGCGGCAGAACGGUGGAAAUAACAAGCGUGGUAUACCAUUUGCCCGAUUCUCUCUAUGCAAUCUUUUUGCUCUUCCUAAUUCUGGAAACUGGAGAAUGGGCCACUGCACCAAAAGCAACUCUUCUACCAGCAUAAAUUCCAACCCAGAUGGUUACAACUCCAUUAUUGAUCCUGAUUAUGUCAUUGAGAUGCUGAAUGAUGUUAGGAAGUUUGCAGAGGUGUUGCUCUCUUUGAAAGAAGCUAUCAUCUCAGAAGAAAGUCAAGAUUGUCUCCAUAAUGUAGCUCAGGAACGUGUGGGAGAGCUGCUGCAGGUUCUUAAAGCCUUUGUAAACAAACACCAAACCUUCAAUUCAGAUGACAUUCUUACUGCUGCAGGAGUAGUUGUGGCCAAAGUGAAUGCUGUGAACUUCAAAGACAUUAACGAAGAAGACAAGAGACAUCUUUGCACUGAAAUAUUUUCUUCUAUUGAAACACUGGCGUUCACCUUUGGUAAUAUUGUUUCAGAUUUCCUUAUGGGAGAUGUAGACAGUGGUUCACCAUUGGGUCUUUCUGUGCCCUCAGAAAGUCAGUCAAUGGAAAACAUUUCUGUGAAAUCUUUGGGAUUGCUGCAUGAUGAUCAUCAAGGACCUCUGUGGCCCAAAGAUUUGGAUAGCAUACUUCUGAGAAAUGAGGAUGGGGUUGAGUUGGCGUUGUCAUAUGCUAAAGCAUGGUCAAAAUAUAUCAAGGAUGUAGUUACAUGGGUUGAGAAGAAAAUCAGCUUGGACCUGGAAUAUGCUAGAAAUGUUGCAAAGAUAGCAGAGACAACAAAAGUUAUUAUCAGACUACAGGAGUUUAUGCCAUUCCAGACUUUAUUCAUGAAUGCUUUUGAUAACGACAUGGAGAGCAGUCAGCUUUCCCAAAAAACAGCAGCAGCUCUUCAAGCCAACAAAUUUGUUCAGCCUCUCGUUGGAAGAAAAGGUGAAUUGGAUAAACAGAGGAAAGAAAUGAAAGACGUAUGGCUACGAGAACAGAAGAAAAUGCAAGAGACAGAGGCAUCCCUCAAAAAGGCAAAACUCUUGUGUAUACAACAGCAAAAUGAAUAUGAAAAAGCCAAGUCUUCCACUGUGUGUGCUGAAGAGGAAUGUCUGAGCUCGAGUGCAGGGCUUGGGAGAGAGACCAGCAAGCAGCUAGAGAAAAAGCGAAAGCUGGAAGAAGAGGCUCUGCAGAAAGUAGAAGACGCAAAUGAACACUACAAAGUUAUUAUGACAGAUAUGGAAGAAAGGCGAAACGAUUUAGAAAAUACUAAAAGUGAAAUUUUAACACGACUUCGUGAACUUCUUUUCCAGUGUGACUUAACUCUUAAAGCUGCAGUAGUUAACUUCUUCCAGAUGCAACAUGCGCAGAUUGGGCCUCUGCCAGUUAACCACCAGACUCUCUGUGAGAAGGCCAAGUUAUACGAUCCUGGACGAAAGUUUGCAGAAUUUGUGAAGGCAAAAACUUCACCCAAGGAUGACAUCAUGAUAAAAAUGAGUUCUUUUGAAAAUUCCAAAGUUGAUGGACUUUUAAAUAAGAGAUCAACAAAUAAUCAACACGCUUCACAUGGAAACUUCUGCCAGAAUUCUAGAGAUUGUCCAUUUCGUUUAUUAGAGGAUAUUGGAAACCCUCUUUCCUGUCCUGAAAAAAUUGGAGAAAAGAGGUGCUAUAGCAGCCUGGAUAUCCCAGGUGUCAGAGGACCACUUCCCUUCCAAAGAUCAUGGUCAGUAGGUGGAGUGUGGAGCGAUUCAGAGAGUACUGGAGGAAGCAGUGAAUCAAGGUCUGUGGAUUCUCCUCCUGCAAGUCCAGGAGAUUUUAAACACAACCUUCCUCGGACACCAUCAACGGGGACUAUGUCUUCAGCCGAUGACCUAGAUGAAAGAGAACCACCUCCUUCUGAGACUGGCUUAAAUGAGCGUGUACCUGAUAUUACCAGUUCUCCUGGCCUGUUUAGAAACUCCUUAAUGUCCAAAGCAGCUGCCAGCCAUAAGCUUCGGAAGCUGAGGGCUCCAUCCAAAUGCAGGGAAUGUGACAGCUUAAUUAUAUUCCACGGGGCUGAGUGUGAGGAGUGUUUCCUUGCUUGUCACAAAAAGUGUCUGGAAACCUUGAGAAUUGGCUGUGGGCACAAGAAGCUUCAUGGCAAGUUACAUUUAUUUGGGGUCGAGUUUGCUCAAGCUGCUACAAAUGCCCCUGAUGGCAUCCCCUUCAUCAUUAAGAAAUGCACCUCGGAAAUCGAAAGCCGAGCCCUGAACGUGAAGGGCAUCUAUCGUGUGAAUGGAGCCAAAACGAGGGUCGAGAAACUCUGCCAAUCCUUCGAAAACGGGAAUGACUUAGUAGAACUGUCGGAGCUCAAUGCCCACGACAUCAGCAACGUGCUGAAGCUGUAUCUUCGUCAGUUGCCAGAACCCUUAUUUUUGUUCCAUCUUUAUGACGAGCUUAUCGGCCUGGCCAAAGAGAGCAAGAUUAUGAAUGAAGACACCAAGGAGCCAAGGGUGGAAGGUGCGGGUGCCGACCUGAGUACAAUCCUGAAGAAACUGAAGGAUUGUUUACACAAACUGCCAGACCCCAAUUACGCCACGGCCAAGUUCCUCCUGGGGCACCUUCACAGAGUGGCCCAAGAGUCCGACGAAAAUAAGAUGACGGCGAAAAACCUGGGCAUUGUGUUCGGUCCGACGCUGAUCCGACCCCGAGAGACCAACGAGCCCAUUUCCCUUUCGUCCCUGAACGACUAUCCGCACCAGGCCCGAGUCCUGGAACUCCUCAUCGUGCAUCACGCGCAGAUCUUUGAGGUUUCCCCCAAAGCGCCCGCAGCGUCGACAGCCCCGAACGGCGCUCCCCUCCCCGAAGACAGAGACAGCAGGGAAGGCGCCGCCAGUCUUGAAAAUGGUACAUCUGAAACCUCCCCCUUCAGGAUUACAAAAUGUACAUUGAGAUCCCCCAGGAUUAAAAGGUCAGCCAGACCCAUGAGUCUGCCUGUAGAGCAGUUCCUGCCUCCAAACCACACGGGAACCGUCAACUCAGACAGAUUCGUCCGGAGUUGCACCAUCGAAGAAACGCCUGAAACAAGACCUUUUCCUAACUCACGACUUUCUUGCUACGAGCCCCAAACUUGGGACAAACGACCCAGACGAUACGACAGAGCUCCGAGGACUGCUACGAUUGUGCCCAAUGCACUCCAGGACCACAGAGCCCAGGACGGUGCGGAGACCUGCGCCGCGUCCCUCGGCUCGGACGUCCCUUCGUUCAGCGCCGUCCAGGCCAGCAAGCCAGAGGCGGUGCCAGUCAGGGCGAUGAGGGUAAGGGCAGAAGGAUGCUCUUCAGACUCGAAUCCUCUUGCUGCCUUCAGGGCACGCAGAACUUUGCAGCCGCCGCCCGGCACCUUCUAUAAGCCGCCUCCCUACCCCAAGGUCCAGGGGAACGAAGAAAGCUUUCCAGAAACUUGUUUCAGGGCAGCCUCUGUCGGUGUCAGUCGAGAACAGGCCGUGAGUGUGACAUCAGAGUCGCCCGAAGAGCAGGUGAAUGAUCCCGCGGCUGGCCCGGAGGAGCUUCACACGCCGGAUGUGAAGCUGCCGUGCCAGAGACUCCGACCAAAACGGAUCCAAGACCUGGAGCAAAGAGAAGCACAGUUCGUCUAGGGCUGCCACAGGGUGCAUUUUCUUUGUAUGUGUGCUGGAGACGGAGAGCAAGUGGUCGAGGGUCUUCAUGGGGACCACUUUGUGUCAUAUUUGAAUUAUUUUUCUAGGCGCCAUUUGAAAAGCUGACCCGGGAAGGUGGCGAGGACUGAAGUGAAGGUCACUAAAUGGGCUUGUGUGGUGGUAUUUGAAGGAGAAUCGUGUUUCAGUGGAUCUCCGAUAAAAUGCCGUUCUCGAGCUGAUAGGUGCAAUUGGCAGGAGCCUGAGCUUCCGGAAGUGCUUAUCAUUUAUAGGGGAUCGCAUUUUCCUAACGCAAAGCUUACCACUUGUAGCAUCAGUUAUGUGGUUCUAAAAGUGACAGUUUAAAGCCUCGUGCUUGGUGUAUCGAAGCUUCAGGUGCAUUUGGGUCCUUGCAAUUCCACGUUUCUGCUCCUUAAUAGAUGAUCCAAUGGCCGGCCCGGGUUAUCACUGUGUUCUCUGUGUUUUUAUGUUCAUGUUUUCAUUUGUUGGCAGUUUUUAUGUCUUGUCACUUUAAGUGUCCCAGGAAGAUGCACUUACUAAGCUCCCUUGUUAAAAAUCAGACUGGAGAGCUCCUAAUCCCUCCAAUGACAUGGCUUCCAAUGGCCGGUUUCUAAUGGGGCCGCCAAAGCCCAGGGGGGAGUGAUGGCCUUGAACAGGGUCCUAGGGCUGGUGAGCUGGUCGAUAAGGCGCUCGAUUGUCGACCCUUUCCUAGAGGCGACAUCCGUGUCGUGUCCACGAUGACAGUGGUCCGAGCCAGAGGGGGGAGGGGAGGUGGUCCCUGGCUGGUGCGGGGCCGGCACGCAUGUUGGAGGUCCAGAAGCCCGGCCCACGCCGCGAGGAGGCACGGCUUCUCCCAGGCAGCGGGGAGGGGGGAAAGACCCCAGCAGGAAGCAGCCUGGGCCUCACACGGCCAUUCCUCCUCCUGGCCUGCUUUCUCCCGUCUUUGGGUGUCCGAGGAACAUUGCCGACCUGCUGGAAGUGAGAACGGUACUAGAAUUCCCAGCAUCUGCUGUUCGUGUCCGCUGUGACUUGGCCUAACGUGGAGUCCGCGCGAUGGGUCACGAUGAGCAGGAUGUGCUCAUGUCGUACGUGCAUCCGAUCCUCACUGUGUAAGAGAUGUUUUAAUGUGAUCAUGUUACAAUUGCCAAACAAAUAUAUUAACUUCUUAACCGA